AAUAACAGUCUCUGCCUGCAUGAAGCGGUAUCGUUUGACGUUUUAUGUUCCCAAACUUGAUAGAGACAGGGUUGAUUCCUCCCGCUCCGAAUCUCAUCCUCCUCAGUCGUCACCAGCAAAGCAAGGAGACGUGAAAACAAGCAAACCAAAAUGAGAUUCAACUUCGACUUAACAGAAUCAAACCCAAACUCUUCUUCUCGAAACUCCCUAACUCCCAAAGAAGAUAUCCAAUGGGUCCCACUCCAAAACCACCCGCUCUUCGCUUCCUCCGACGAAGACACCGUGCCUCGAUCACCAUCUAAUCUACUGGCUUGGGACGGCGCUUCUAGAUUUUACUAUUGGGAUUCAAACCUCCGUUGCCUCCAUCGAAUUUCAAUUCGGCUCGGCGAUCCCGAACCUUCCUCUGUCCUUGCUGCCUCUCUUUCUAAGGUACUGCAAACUGAUGCGGAGAUUAAUUUUGAGGUUAAUAAAAUUUCUAUAAAUAGAAAUGGCUCUGCGAUGGUUCUCUCCGGCACCAAUGGUUUAUGUGUUAUGUAUCUCUAUGGACGCUCUUUUGGUAAAGAUAACGCCAUUGUUUGCAGGACCGUGUCCAUUGGCUCACAAAUUUUUUUUAAUGAGAGCAAUGUGAUACAGACACGAAGAGUUUCGUGGCAUCCUUACAGUGAUACGCAUUUAGGAAUUCUUUCUUCUGAUUCAGUUUUCCGAUUGUUUGACUUGUCUUCAGAUUUCCUGAAGCCAGAGCAGGAAUAUUAUCUACAGCCUGUUGAACCAGGUAGAUCCAGGAAUGCUGCAUCAAUCUGUCCUGUUGAUUUUUCUUUUGGGGGCGAUCACAUGUGGGACAGAUUUAGUGUUUUCCUAUUAUUUAGUGAUGGCUCAGUUUACAUUCUUUGCCCAAUCGUUCCAUUUGGAAGUGUCCACAAAUGGGAAUAUGUGUUGGAGAUAUAUAGUGAUGCUGAAACAUUUGGACUGAAAUCAGCAAAUCCAGUUGCUGUAAAUAACUCAAAUCGGGCAAUCUCUUGGUUGGAAGCAACAUUUCCCGUGUUAGCCCAUGAAUCAAAGGAGGGGGGGUUAUCAACACUAAAAGCUCAUCCUCAUGCUGUAUUUGAUGCAUCACUUUGUUUGCAGGGCCCUUUACGCAAAGUACAUCAUGGUGGGGAAGAUGAAGACCAAGCAGUUAGUGUUGCAGAAUGUGAAGGUCGUGCAAUCAGUUUUCUCUAUGAUUUAGCCAGCAAAGACUCAAUUCUGGUGACUGCCUGGAGUGGCGGGCAGAUGCAAAUAGACGCCCUAGCUGAUGAAAUCCAGCCAGUCUGGAUGCUUGGUAGCCCACCUCGUCUCCGUGUUAAUUCCCAAGACCAUAUUAUCGGUCUUGCAAUGCUUUGUGAGUCUAUCUCAGGUGAGCUUCCUGUUGUGAAGCUUGAUCAACCACAUGAUAAUGCUGUCUGGUUAGGUCAUCCACCACCUUUGUUGAGACUUGCAAUUGUGGAUUUGGCCUUACCAAGGAAAACAGAAAGUGGGUCAUAUAUUUCAAUGUUUGUUGAUCCCGUUAUGCCUGAAAGAAUAUAUUCUGUUCAUGAUGGAGGGAUAGACUCAAUUGUUCUGCAUUUUCUUCCAUUUACUAGUCAGUCUGGUGGCAAGGAUGAGAUGGUCCGGACCCCCUCUGUGCAUCCUGUCCUUAGCACAUGCCAGGUGGAGAACUCCACACCUUCUCCUCUUUGUGCUCCCCUAUGUGGCUUUAUAGCAUUGUCAGAUUCAUUUGGGUACUCAUGGAUUGUAGUGAUUACCUCCAACAAGGAAUGUGUUGUGCUAGAAAUGAAAACAUUAAAUUUAUUGGUGCCUGUACAUGUUGAUAUGGAGAAGGAAUCUGCAAAUUCUGAAGAAUGGACAUAUAGAAAUCCUCCAGACAUCAUAAGCAAAGAACUACUUAGUGGUCCUAAGGUGGUUCUUGUUCCUCAGGGUUCACCAAAUCUUCGAUCUGUUGCUGCUGAUUCUAUUGAAGGCCGGUCAACUCUUCACCAGUACCUAAACCUUUUCCAUGAAAACUAUGUCGAGUAUGCACAUAAGGUCUACUUUGAACUGGAGCAUCAUGGCCCCCAGUUGAAGAGAAUCAUUGAUGAUCAGCAUGCUCGAUUAGGUGAAGCACAGGAGAAGCUUUCAAAAGUGUGGAAGAAGCAGUCAGGAUUGGAGGACAGGAUUAAUAAUGCAAUGCACCAACACAAUCUUCUGGAACAGCGCUUGCAUUGCUUGAAGAACUUGCCUGGGGCUCAUAAGAAGCCUUUGUCUAAAGCAGAACGUGAAUUUAAGUCUGAGCUUGACCAUUUUACAGGAGUUGAAUUGGAUGCUUUGCGUACUUCCAUUGAUACCUUAAGAGCAAGGCUGAGAAGGUUCACCCGAUCUUCGAAAGGUGAUGUAGCAAAUCAGCAAAUGAAAAUAGGGGGGAGGAAUUUUGCUCUAGAUGCCCAAAUAUCGCAGCUGAAAUCCUCAAUUGCGAAACUCUCGCUUCUCAAUAGUGAGAAUACAAAGAAAGUUAAGCUAGUUGAAUCCGUGUUAAAAAAUCAGGAAAGCAGUAGAUGAUGGGUUUCUCAGCCUCAAAUAUGAAGCCCACCUAGAGUUGGUGAUCUUUUUCAGCACCCCCACCCUUAGUGGCCAAUGCUUUGGUCAAGAACUUUUGCAUUCUGCAGUAAAGCACGUUCAGGUCAGAGCCUUAUUUGUAUUAUCAAUGUUUACGUCUUAACAUGACUGAUCGCGAUAAGUUUUUAGGAUAUCCAUACGAUUGGAGCUAUGAUGCAUGUCGGAAAACUAAUUUCAACUUGUUUUCUGUUUUUGAGAAGAAUCAUCACAUCUUGAUUUUAGUGAUGUUUCAUGACAAUUAUACCAUUUGCAUGUCACUUUAGGAUGUCUGCAUGGCCAGUUCUUUCUACCGUAGUUGUUAAGCUUAUAAGACACAACAAUCAGUAAAUGUCCAUUAAAGUUCUGUAUUCUGGUGGUUAUGAUUAGAGACUGAUCAAAGUGACGUGUGGAUGGCAAUGCAGAGGGAACUUUGUACCUGUGUCUUUGAAUUGAAAUUUUGCAUAUCUGUUAUGCUAAAAAUCAUGGGAUUUUCAAGAUGGGCGCCGCAUAUUCAGCCAAAAGCAAUCGUAUUGUUUGCUUCUUGUCCUCGUUCAAAAUCUGGUUGUAGUAUCGAAUAAAAUUAUCCGCCCAUAGCAUUUUUUCGGCCGUCCAGUGAAGAAAUGAUUGAGUUCAUGAUCUGGGUCCAACAUAAAGAGAAAUCAGGACUCGAGGGGCUCGAGGAGAAGAUGCCGCACCUACAAAACGCAUAAAUUGCUCGAUCAUAAUAUUUAGUAGGCUUUUAGUUUAUUUUGUACUUUGACCGAAUCCAUGACGAGCAAAUUCAAAUACUGGCUAUAUAGUCGAAUAAUCCAGUUCCUAUUUUUAUUUAUUUUA